AUGGUUGAUAGGAAGUGUUCAAAAGCCUUUCAAGAUCAUACUACACUAGAUUCAAACGGGUUUCCAUUAUACAGAAGGAGAAACAAUGGCGCUUUUGUUAUGAAAAAUAAAAUUGACCUUGAUAACAGAAGUGUGGUACCGUACAACAAAAAAAUAUUGAAAAGGUAUCAAGCUCAUAUAAAUGUUGAAUGGUGCAAUCAGGCCGCUUCGAUAAAGUAUCUGUUUAAAUACAUUAAUAAAGGGCCUGAUAGAGCCACUACAGCUGUUGUGCAAAGCGAUAAUCAAUCUGAAGAACAAGUACAAGACGAGAUAAAAGAGUAUUACGAUUGUCGGUAUACAUCAGCUUGCGAAGCAUCUUGGAGGAUAUUUGCCAAUGAAGUACAUUAUAGAAGACCUUCUGUUAUGAAGCUUCCGUUCCAUCUACCUGGCCAACAACCUGUUGUUUUCGGCCCUGACGAGGAUAUUAACUAUGUUUUAAACAAACCAUCUGUUAAAUCUUCAAUGUUUCUCUCAUGGAUGGAACGUAAUAAAGACCCAAAUGACACGUUGGCCUGUACACUUACAUAUGUUCAGUUCCCCAAUUUUUAUGUUUGGAAGCUUGAUAAGCGAGUCUGGGAACCUAGACAAAGGAAAACAACAAUUGGCAGGAUUCAUUCCGUCCCUCCGUCACUAGGUGAAGCUUAUUUUUUGAGAAUUCUGCUUAACAAGGUCAGAGGACCAACAUCGUUUGAUGACAUUAAAACAGUUAAUGGUCAUGUUUACGAUACAUAUAAAGAUGCUUGCUACGCGCUCAGUCUUUUGGAUGACGACUCCGAGUAUGUGGAGGCAAUAAAGGAAGCAAGUUUAUCAGGAAGCGCUUCAUAUAUUCAUAAUUUAUUUUGUACCAUGCUGUUAUCCAGUAGUCUUUCUAGACCUGAGGUUGUUUGGGAAAGUUCAUGGAAAUACAUGACAGACGAUUUUUUAUAUAGACUUCAAAAAUACCAUCGAGUUACAGCGUUAUCAAUUCCGGAGCACCAACUGAAAAACUAUGCUUUGUGCGAGAUUGAGAAGUUUUUACUGCGAAAUAAUUCAUCCUUGCGAAGAUUUCAAACAAUGCCAUUUCCAGCUAUGUCGUCUUCAGGUACUUCAGAUAGUCGUUUGAUAUACGAGGAGCGGGCCUAUGAUACAACACACCUUGGAAAUCUUUACGAUAGUCAGUUGACAAUGUUAACUUGUGAACAACGCUCUGUGUUUGAAGAAAUUAUGGCAGCAGUUAACGGUGAUAACGGUGGGAUUUUUUUCCUUUACGGGUAUGGUGGAAUAGGUAAAACAUUUCUAUGGAAGAGAUUGUCCGCUGCAAUUAGAUCAAAAGGUCAAAUCGUCUUAAAUGUUGCUUCAAGUGGAAUUGCAUCGUUGUUGUUAGAUGGUGGCAGGACUGCACAUUCCAGGUUUAACAUACCUUUGAAUCUUACUGAAGACUCUGUAUGUAAUAUAAAACCAGAAAGUGACGUGUCUAAAUUACUGCAUGAGACGAAAUUGAUAAUUUGGGAUGAAGCACCUAUGGUACACAAACAUGCAUUCGAAGCGCUGGAUAGAACAAUGAAUGACGUUUUCAACAUCGACCCAUCUCUCAAUUCAGACAUCCGGUUUGGAGAUAUUAAAGAAAUAAACAGUUUUGCCAAAUGGCUUUUGGAUUUGGGUGACGGUAAUGUUGGUGGUCCAAAUGAUGGGGAAGCAACUAUUCAAAUACCACAAGAUCUUCUGAUUACUGAUGAAUCUGACCCAAUUGCAAGUUUAAUUGAUUUUGUUUAUCCCUCAAUCUUGCAAAACAUCAACAACCAUAAUUAUUUCAGUGAGCGCGCUAUACUUGCACCGAAAAAUGGAAUAUAA